UGCAGCAGACCCCACUUGAUUCCAAGAGAGCCAGCAGGACUGUCAGGAUCCUCUGUAGUAGUAUGCAACUCUACAGCAAGCAGAACCCUUUCAGGACGCUCUCGGAGUGGGUGGUGCUCUACGUCCUGCUCCUGGCCCCCCCAUGUUCCAGCAGCUACCCCACCUACAGCAGGCGAGAUCGCCAGACCAAUGAGGUGUUUGUGUGCAAGCAGUGCCCGCCAGGGACGUACGUGGCCGAAGAGUGCACCAAUGAUAAGGACACCGUUUGCCAGCCGUGCCCCGCUCUCCACUACACGCAAUACUGGAACUACCUCAAGAAGUGCCUGUACUGCAACGUCUUCUGCAACAGCCUGGAAGAAGAGGUGCGGCCGUGCAACGGCACACACAACCGGGCAUGCCAGUGCAAGGCAGGCUACCACUCGGAUUUGGAUUUCUGCAUAAAGCACUCCAGCUGCCCCAUGGGAUCCGGAGUUGCUCGGCCUGGCAACCCGCAGGAGGACACUACAUGUACCCCAUGUCCUCAGGGGACCUUUUCUGACUCCGUUUCCAGCACUGAGGUGUGCCAACCCCACCGGGACUGUUCUAAGCAAGGCCUGGAAGUCAACGUCCCUGGGAACCAGUUCCAUGACACCCUCUGCACCUCUUGCAAGAGGAGCAAAGCCAACAGCACCAAGGACAAAGCAGAUGAAGCACCAGGAAGCGGGGGUGAUUGUCAAGACGCCAUAAUAGACUUUGUGCCUUACCAAGUCGGGUCGCAGAGACGGCUGGAGAGACUGCUGCACAGACUCAACGGAAGCGCACCUGCCGCAGGUUGUGACGAGAAGAGCCCAUCAGUGCUGCAGGUGGAACUCCAUGCCUUCCUCAUCCAGCUCAAGGACACUCUUGGGAAAAAGGUCGUGGUGCAGAAGCUCUGGAAAGCCCUGGACCACAUGAAAUUGCAGAAUAUACAAAAUAAGAUCCAAAAGCUUUUCUUGAGUUCAUGAGAUUGGACUUGGGUUCAAGUUAUAAAAAGGAUACACACAAGCA